AUGGGACCACCCGCUAGUGCUGUGCCCGAGCGAAAGGGUUCCGACCCGGGCCAAGCCUCCCGGCAGUCCAACGCGAUACCACCUCCCCAGUUUCCCACACACAACUCCCCGCGGACCUGGUUCGUAACCCACGCCCUCUCACCCCUGGUCGUCCGCCUCAUCCGCCUUCUCCUGGCCCAUGGGGACUAUGUCGUGGCCUGUCUCCCUCCCCACGAGAUGGAGGAUGACGAUCGGAGCGCCGAUUUCCGCGACCUCGUCACCGAGUGCAAGUCGAUCUCCCGCCGCGACCGCGAAGGUUGGAAAGACCGUCUGCGAGCCAUCCGCUGCGACGGUCGCGAGUCCGGCCAGUGCAUCGCCGCCGUCGCUGAGGCCCACUCCGUCUUCGGCCGCAUCGACAUCCUCCUCUGCUGCGGCUGCGACUCCAUCGUCGGCACCGUCGAGGAGCUCACCGCAGGACCCCCCGUCGUCCGCAACCUCGUCCGUGACCAGUUUGAGACCAUCUUCUUCGCCCACAUCAACUUCAUCAAGGCCGCCCUGCCCCGCCUCCGCGCCCAGCACACCGGCCAUAUCAUCGCCCUUACCUCCAUCGGCGGCCACAUUGGCACCCCCGGCUUCCCCAUCUCCACCUCCGCCACCUGGGCCCUCGAGGGCUACUGCGACUCCCUUGCCUACGAGGUCGCCCCUUUUAAUAUCAAAGUCACCAUCGUUCAGCCCAACAAGGAGGUCCAGACCCUCACCAACCGCAUCGUCUUUGCCCCGCCUCUUCCCACCACCUAUAUCACCACUAACAUUGCCACCACACCCACCCCGGCCACCACCACUGCUGCUGCUGCUGCUGCUGCUGCUGCUACUGCCAGCACUACCUCUGUGGCUGGCACUUCCGCUCUUCCUCCCACCGCCGUUGCAACCACGACCGCUGUCGACCCGGAUGCAGAUGUCGACCCAGACGUCGACCCAGAUGCCGACCUCCCCGACGCCCCCGACCUCCCCGACGUCCCUCAGGCCCCCAGCGUCCGCGACAUGCUCACCGAAGUCCUUAACGCGAACCCGGACACCGCCCUCGACCCCGACUCGACCGACACCAUCCAGUACCGGUACCCGCGUCUGCCCCCGGAGGCCAUCGACCGCCUCGUCACCGAGACAGUCCACGCCCUCGUCGCCAUCGGCGGCCACGAGAACCCGCCCGCGCGCCACAUCGUCGGCUUCGAGGGCAGCACCGCCGUCAAGGAGAAGCUCAAGACAGUUACAGAGGAACUCGAGGACUUUGUCGAAGCAAGCGUGGCCGUUGAUAUUUUCGAGAGCGAGCUAAAGUCCGAGGCCAGAGCCGGCGGAAGGCGCGCCGUCGAGUCAUCCCCUGCUGCGCCGGGGUCAACUACGUCGGGAUAA